GAGACAGAAUUUAUCAGCAACUCGAAACUUGCGAUUAAUCAUGAAAUUUGUUGCAACAACAAAAGCACAACUACAACAACAAAAUAAAAAGCAUUAUUCAUUGAAAUUCACUGAAGCUGAGCAAGAAUUGAAACGUAUAAAUAAUUUUCACGCGGUGAAUUUGGGAACAUUGAACAACGUGAGUUUGUGUAGUGCAGUGAAAUUUGCGAAAGUAAAAAAUCAACAACAAAUAAACGAAUAUAAAAAGUUUUCUACUAUUUAUAAAAAUUGGAAGAAUCAAAACUUUUACAUAGCUACGUCUUGAUUAAGUGCAACUUUAAACAAAUUUACCCCUUCCAAAAUUAAUUGGAUUUAAAACCCCAAACCUAUCAAUCAUUGAAAAUUAAUUAAAAAAUAAUAAAGAAAAAUUUUGGACAACUAAAAAAUAAAAUUUAAGUACAUAAGAAAAACUUUUAAAUUUUUACAAGUUUUAAAAAGUGAUUAAAUAAAUAUAGAUAAUAACGUAAAUUAAAUAUAAUUUAAAAACUACCUUCUAAAUUUUAAAUAGCCGCGCAAAAAUAUAGUGUAAUAACAAAACGCUAAAUAACCUCGUGCUUGGCUGUCAAUCCUUUCAAAAAGAGUCAACACUAGUCUCUUGCAGUUAGUCGUUAAUCAUUGCUCACGCUUUGUGCUGCACCUCCGUAGAGGAAACAAUUGAAGAAGAGUCGGCAAACGUGCGCGCCAAUCUCUUUCAAAAGCAUAUAAGAAAGUAUCUGCAACUGCAAAAGGAGGAAGCAGACAAAGAAAAACAAGGCGCUAGAAAAGGCAUAAUUAAUUUGCGUGUAUCCUUGUCAUCACAUCAGGGAUUUCAAUCUACUUCAACUUCCUUAACAAUAUUAACCGAUAAGCAGAGGUAUUUAGUCAAAAGAACGACGGGUAUUAUAACUGGUAAUACGAUUGCUACCAACUCUACAACGGCUUCUUUGUGCUCAUUCAAAAUUUCCGCUACAUCGCCUAAAUCUAAACGCAAGACGUCGAAUAAAGACAAGAAAAUGCCGCGACGCAACAAGAAAGGUGGCAAAGGCCGCAACGGUGACUCCAACUCUGAGGACGAGUCCUUCAACGAUAAUGCCAGCGUGUAUUCUUACGUUUCUGAGAAUGCACCCUCGUCCAUAAACGAUAUGGAUGAGCUCUCAUCCAAUGAACGUUACGAGGAGAAAUUCAUGCAAGCGCUCGAAAAUGCCACUGAAAAGUCUGCACAGACACGCACCACAGCUUUGCAGAAUAUCUGUGAAAUUCUCAUGCAUCGCUAUAUGCCCGAUUUCGUAGACGAUCGCAAGGUGACAUUGAUCGAUUGCAUUGAAAAGUCCAUACGACGUGGCAAAGGUGCCGAACAGUCGGGCGCUGCACGUCUAGCACCGUUAGUGGUGCUUCAAUUGGGCGGUGAUGUGGAGAUCUCAAAAGAAUUGAACCAGUGUCUGUUGACCACCGUACAAGACAAGGCUGUCUCAUUCGAUGCACGUGCCAAAUGUUGCACCGCUUUGGGUCUAUUGAAUUUCCUUGGUGGCGAGGAUAUUGGCGAUCUUAUCACUUUAAUGCAAUUUUUCGAAGGCAUUUUCAGCGCCAGCUAUUUGCGAGGUGAUGAAAAAUCGCCAGUAUCGGUGAAUGCCGAGGCAGGCACCUUACACGCGGAAGCACUGUCCGCUUGGGGCUUACUGCUGACACUCAUACCGUCGGGUGACUUCGUCUCACUCAUGACCAAUGGACAGCCGAUGUUGCCUUCGGUGAAAAAAUUGAUGGGUCUAUUGCAGUCGCCACAUUUGGAUGUGCGCAUAGCAGCUGGUGAGACUCUAGCACUAAUACUGGAGUGCGGUCGCGCACAUGAUAAAGACUUCUUGGAAGAGUAUCUCGGCGAUUUGAUCGAUGCUGUUAAAAAGCUAGCCACUGAUUCACAUAAAUAUCGCGCCAAGCGUGAUCGCAAAGCUCAACGCGCUACAUUCCGUGAUGUGCUGCACUAUUUGGAGGAAGAUACAUCACCCGAAAUCAACAUUCGCUUUGGCACCGAGUGCCUCGUUUUGGAUUCCUGGGCCGUACAUCAUCAAUAUUCGGCGCUAUGCACCAUUAUGGGUCCAGGCAUGACAUCACAGUUGCAAGAGAACGAUUUCAUACGCGACAUCUUUCAACUAGGUCCUAAACUUGUCGACGACGGACACGCUAAAACCAAACAAUCCAAACUGGAGCGCCACUUAUUAAACGCCGCCGCCUUCAAGGCACGCACAAUAACGCGUGGCAAAAAUCGCGACAAACGCUGCAGUUAUAAUUACUAGGCACACAGCUAAUUGUAAGAGUAUAGAAAAAGAGAACGCUUAAACUAAGUUAAAAAAAAAAGAAGAAAAACGAAAACGCCGUGUAGCGACCAGAAGUUUGGUUCAACUGUGGCGCAUGUGACAACACUUUUGCAGUUUGCUGACCAAUUAGUUGCUGCUCCCAACAUCCAGCAGGCGUAAAAUGUAUGCGCUAAAGCGUCGACAGCUAGAAAAUUUGCAUUUUUCUAACUUGCUGUUGCUUAACGUAUUGCGUUUAACGUUGUUGCAUGCUCUAGCAGCGCUCAUUCCUCAGUUGGUGUACAAAUGCGCGUCACUUUUUACACCAUUUGAAUUUUGUUGACGGUCAAAUGGACGGACGCUUUGCUGUAAUUUCGUGUACAUUUCAUUUGCGCUCAAUUUUUACCUCCCCCGACCCCCUUGGAUUUAUUGCAACGAAUUUGUGUACACAAGAUUUAUGCAAAUCUUACAAUUAACUUAAAUUUAUGUAGCAAUUUUAUGAUAUGAAACUAUAUUGAAGUAAAAGAAAAACAACAACAACAAGUAAAUAUAACAUACCACUUACAAACAAUAUACAUGCAUAUUUACAUACAUAUAUAUAAAUUAUAAAACAAAUGCUAGUUGAAAUUUAUUUAGUUUUUAAACAUGUUUACUUACAUACAUACUUAUAUAUACAAACACACAAGCUAUAUUACUACAAACGCUGUACGAACUAUUAUGUUCAAGUUUUGUUCUUAAAUUCCACAAGUAAGAAGCUAUAAAAUUACAAAAAAAAAACAAAAACAAAUAUUUAAAUACUUUGAUGAAUUUUUUAUAUUAUAUGCAUAUAUUUUGCUUACAAUAACUUUGGCUUAAUUAUUCUGUUGCUGAAUUAAUUUUAAUCACUGUAACUUCUGAAAUAAAAACGUUAAUGAAAUGACAA